GAAGAUCCAAUCUCGGUGAAUAGUUGGGUUUGUGACAUCUUGCCACAGAGGUAAUAGGCAGAUGCGCGGAAAUUAGGAAGUUUUUUUCGGUUUUUUUUUACGAUUUUGGAAAAUCGAUUUCCUCCCUAUUUAAUGGGAGCAGUUGGAAGCUUGAGAGGUAGUGGUGGAAGGUUGAUGUCCCGACGAUUGGCCAGGGACACUUCCUCCUCCCGACCAACCUGACAGCUCCGUGUAGUUUAUUGUUUUUUCUACCUGGAGCCUCAUUUAUUUAUCUCGCCCCUCAACUUGCGUCGCGCAGGGGGGCUAUAUCAGUCCUCCGCGCGAGACAGUCUGCUCGCUUCGUUUGUUGUUGUAGUCCCAAGAGGUACCAGAGAGACUUCCGAGCACGUCUGGAGUUGCUCCACAAAUCCAAGAGAAAUGAAAGCGCAGCGGUAGAGCACGAAGAGAAUUGAGAAAGGCUGAGAACGUUUCAGAGGAUUGUUUGUUUUGUUAAUUCGUCUUUCCUCUGAGCGAUUUUAAUCUGGAUUGGGAAGAAGCAGGAAGCAGGAAACUAGUGAUGGCAGGGCAAUCGUGGAUCCGGGGAAAGUUGUUAGGAGUAGGAAGCUUUGGAAGCGUGAACCUUGCGAUUGACAGAGAGGACGGUGAGGUGUUCGCGGUGAAAUCUGUACAAUUGAACGAGCGCGACGCUGGGUCAGAGGUUGCCUUGCGCGCGAUUGAAAAUGAGAUUGAAAUCCUGCAGAAAUUAGAUUCCAGGUUCGUUGUGAAAUACUUGGGAAACGACUGGACUGACGAGGGUGGUCAAUUGAUGCGCAAUAUUUUUCUGGAGUACAUGCCCGAAGGCUGCCUGACGGAUUUCGUGAAGCAGUUUGGCAGUUCGUUAGAUGAGCACUUGCUGAGGACAUACACCCGCAGCAUCGUAGAGGGCAUUGAUUACCUCCAUAGCCAGGGAAUUGUGCACUGCGACAUCAAGGGAAAGAACAUCUUGGUUGGCAACGGCAGCGUGAAGCUCACAGAUUUUGGAUCCGCCAAGAGGGUCGACAUGGAAGUCGAGGUCGCUGAGAACGACCUCGUGAACUGCUCGGCGAAGGUUAAUGGUACGCCGUUGUGGAUGGCGCCCGAGGUUGUACGCCAGGUUGAACAAGGACCCGCUUCUGACAUUUGGUCUCUGGGAUGCACCGUUGUGGAAUUAGCAAGCGGUAGAGCGCCAUGGGGCAACCUCGGGGGGAACCAUUUCGCCGCACUUUACCACAUUGGAUGCACUGACGAGCUGCCUUCGGUGCCAACCUCGCUCUCCGCUGUAGCGCACGACUUCUUGUCGCACUGCUUUCAGCGCGAUCCACGAAGGCGAUGGACGAGCGCCCAGCUGCUCAAACAUCCCUUCCUAACGACGCGGUUUGUGCCAGCUUCAGUGGCGGUAAAGGCCCCCUCGUCGCCAAUUAGCGUGACGCAAUUUCCCGACAGCGAUGACUCCGCGUCGUUUGUGAACUCGGUGCCUACGCUCGCAGCCGCGCCCUCGCUCAUCAAGCGUGGAUUGGUGAGCGCGCAGUCUCCCGUUGAGGAGAACUGGUGGAGCACCCCUGCGGGCAUCCCUGAUUCGGGGCCAUGGAUCGUGGUUCGAUCACCCAAGAGCUCCUCUUCUCCUCCCUCCUUCGCGUUGUCGAAUUGGAGGACCCCUGUGUCUGCAAUCACUCCCUCUGCUGAAGCUUCAAUCGAAGCACACGAGGACGAGGAUUUGGGCACCGCUUUCGAUGUUCUCCAAACUCUCUCGAGUCCAGUUUUGCACAUUUCAUCUUCAGUGGAAUCGGAGGCUGCUGCAUCCUCCGAUGCCGACGAGUACCCACACAUUCAAAUCAUCGCAAACGGCGAGAAUUUCUGUCAGUCCGCUCUUUCCGAUGCGGAUUCUUCAGUUGUGGGUACCUUAGAUUCAAAGGGAGCUAAUUCUCCUGUCAGUUUAUUAGAUUUGGAGAAUUUUGAGGUCUCCUCCACGAAGCACGCAGUUUUAAUCCCCGGCAAUAGUUUGAAUUUAGGGUUGGCUGCUCUAAUCGGCACCAUCAAUGAGUACUCUGAGGGGGUUUUCCAAUACUCAAAUGCGCAGAUUCUUCUUUACUGGUAUAUUAGAAAAGUGUGGCUCAGAUCUAAUAGAGAUAUAGGAAUCUGGCGACCUGUUCACAAUUUAGACCAUUGUAUAUUACAAUUACUUGUGCAAUACACAAUUCCUGCAUCAUUUACACCCAAUAGAAUAACUCGUGUCGAUUCCUUUCAUUUAUCUACAUCAGUUGAAUACGAUGUUGUGUGGUAAUUGUAUGUUCAUAUUUCGUUGCAUUGUCUGUGCAUGUGACAAUCGAUUAACAGCCUCCCGGUGCAUACUCUUCCUCUUUUUCUGCGUCUUCUACUUCUUCUUCUUCUUCUUCUUCUUCUUCUUCGUCAUCUGCUUCUUUCACUCUUUACCGACGUCGAAGAGGAAGACGAGCCAUGUCGAGAUUUCAACCAAGUCUGCUUUGCGUCGAUGUGUUUUCUACAUUGAUUGAAGACAAUCCCUGGUUAUGCACACAACAAUGGCUGUGGUGUGGCGUGAGGGGGGCUGCGUAUCACAGGUUUUGGGGACACGGACGAGCAGGGAACCGGAACAGCUCAGACCGUUCAAUACUAUGACACCAAUCAUGCUGUGGUUCCUUUUUUCUGGCAGUAUGUGUGCACAUCGUCCUAGUUCUUGUGAUGCCUCUUUAAGGGAACAGCUAUUGGGUGGUGUCAGAGCCCCAGGCCUGACACACACACACACACACCUACGCCUUGGUUGGAACUACUACAGUGCUCCACACAUCUGUUCUGUCAGAACCACCCCCUUAACGUUUCACCUUUGAACUUGCUCAUUGGCCUCUGUACCAGUUCCAACUCUGUUAGUUCACCUUUCCAACCAUCAGGUUACUUCCGUAUGAAAGCAACAAUGGCAGAGCCAGCAGUAUUCGUGUGCACCCGCUGCGUUUAUACUUCACCAAUUUGUACCUGCAGUUUAGGAUUAUUACUCAAGGGCCUGCAGUUUGUUUGUUUGUUUGUUUGUUUUUUUCCACAAUCCAUGCCGCUUAUCAGGACAUGCCCCAUCUUUAGUUUUUUACAUUUAUUAUUUUAUUCGCAAUAGUCCUUUUUCUUCUACAAAGAUUCAUUUAUGUUUGUUGUUGGUAUCAAAGUGCUGGAUGGAAUUUGGUGAAGGAUUCUGCGACACAAUGAGUAAAGGUGUCUGCAGAGGCUCUGCACCAUUGCAGAACCAAGUUGAUGAGUGUUGCAAGCAUUAGCCGAUUCCGAAAUGAUCACCAUCCAUCCACUUCUUCCAUAAAAAAGCUGAAGCUGGCUUUGCUGAUCAUCACCCAGUACCGGAAACGGCACGCGAGAGGUUGAACUUAUUUGCCUGGCUGCAGGGUGCAUGAUGCGAAUAUAUAAGUGAGGAGAGGGAGGGGAGCAUGGCAGGUCUGGAUGUCUUCCACCAGGGGAAUAUCUCUGUCGAUCAUCGAUCGGGUCCAAAGGCAAUAAUGCUGCAGCUGGGCAGUUUUUUCUCAUUGACACUGGAUUGAACGCCGAAGCUGCAAGCCUCGGAAAAACCAAAUGAUUGGUCGCCAAAGUUCACCAUGUGAGCUUUCGCAGAGGAGUGACCAAUUAUUCGGUUCCAUCCGAGAGGGGCCCUUUGUGUAGCUGUACUUAGUUUGACGGAGGUGAUAAUCUACUACGAUCUGGAGUGUGCUCCAGGUGUGGCGUAUGCAAGCUUCUCACUUCGUUGUGCACAGAGAGCUGGGAAACCUGUACGCGCACGCCAUGGCGAUUGCAGAGCCCAACUUUGGGAUCGACUUCGUACCUACUCGCCCGUCGCCUAACUCGCCUGCGACCUGCGCACUAGUGUCCCCUCUACAUGCCACGAAUGUACAUACAUGAGUAGGUGGGAAAGGUCACACAAGUUGGGAGGAGGAACCUGUUAAAGACAUUUAAUUCCACAAGCUACGACUCGACUUUUAUGGGUGCGUUCACUCGGCGUUGGUUGAUUCUUUUACAGCUGACCUGCUGAGGAUUGGACUCAUGCGAGUCCGAAAGUUGGCACAACUACUGCUCCGCUUGCAGAUGAGACCCGAAAUGGAGCAAGGGGACAAU